UUAUUGAAAUUACUCUUCAGGCAAUUGAAGAAUGAAGAUUUCUGUACAUUGUCCAAAGAAAUUGAAGAUCUAUUCCCUACAGAAACACGUUUCACCUAUUAUAUUGCACCUAUAACAAAGAAGUUUUCAAAAACUAAUAAAUCUAUCACUUCUCGUGGAAAACUUGUUGACAAAUACAGGAAUAAAAUACGAGAUUACAGAAAACUAAGAGAUACUUUAUCAGAAAGUGACCGUACAUAUAGUACAAGUUGUACUAGCGAUUUUGAAGAUGAAAACGAGGUGCCUGAAAGUGUAUUGUGGCUCCAAACUAAUUUAUCACCUUGGCAAUUAGUUGAAAAUCAUUGGAAAGUUUCUACACCAUACAGACGAAAGCAAAUUCAGUCAUCCUCAAAUAAAAGCAUUUCUGAUAUUUUUGUUAAUUGGCCUAUUUUGAAGCAUCCUUCGGCACACCUCUUGAUUGAUGAGGAUUUCAAAUUCUUGAAAUUAACAUCAGAGAAUUGCGUGGACAAUUGGUUAAAAUUUUUUUCUCAGAUUCAGAAAAUUUGUCCUUUGAAAGAAGAUAAAGUUACGAUCGAAUUACGUUCUAUACUCGAAACUGACGAUUUGACGGACAGAAGAAUUCGUAUAAAAAAAGAACAUUAUAAACCAUCAAUAAGUGAAUGUAAAGAUAGUAUUAUAUCACAUGCAAAGAUUCAUGGAGAUAUAAAUCGUAUUCAAGAAGAAAAGGAAAGGAGAGCACUUCAAUUAGGAUUAACAAUACAACCAUAUAUAAUAGUUGUUGGCUCUACCCUUGCAGAAGUAAACGCAUUUUAUGUUUGUAUUGAUAAGGUACUCUAUCAAAUUUCAACAGCGCUAGCAGCAGUUGAUUUAUGUUUCAAAAUAUUUCAUGUCUUUGAUGUUACUUAUCCGCCAGAAAGUGAGCACAUAUGGUACAUAAUACAGCUCUGUCUGUAUAAGUUCUCGACUAAGUCCGAUAAACAAAUCUCAUAUGUGAUGCCAAUUAUAAAUACUUUAACUAGCGAUAAGUUUCACUCCACAGAUGAUUAA